AAUGAAAUCAUUAUGCCCGGUGUUGUCGUGUUUACUCUGCAUACACACAUACAGAUGCUUAGCCAAUUCAAUGUGUGAUCUAGAUUUGAUUAGAAAAAAAAAUAGUGUGACUACUUGAACACCAUUUCCCAGGUUUUUUUUUUCUUUUUCUUUUUUUUCUCUCACAUAAACUCAGAAUAACAACAACAAUGGGAACUACGUGUUCCAGAGUAAUGCAUAUAGGACCUUCUUCGAGUCUAGACUAUGGUACGUUGAACCCUUAUGGUAUUUACAGUAGCGACACGGAUUACGAUGCACAAAUUGUUCGAGCCUUGAUUCGCAAAGGGCAAUUAGCACCUUUUUAUCAAGGAUCCAAUGAUAUUUGUAUGGAUAACGACAUGUCCUACGAAACUGAAUGCCCUAUAUGUUUCCUGUUUUAUCCUUCUAAAAUGAACCGAACACGGUGUUGUGAUAAGUCGAUUUGCACUGAAUGCUUUUUACAACUCCGGCGAUCUUCGUCUUCUCCGCUUGUGCCAGCAGUUUGCCCCUUUUGUGUGCAACCUAAUUUUGGCGUGUUGUAUAUUCCUCCCGUCUGGAGCAAGCACUACACGUCAUUCAAAAAGAGACGAUCCGAUCUGUUUAAAAAGAAUGAUGAAAUGGACCGCAGAAAAUGGAGAGUAGAGCCCACGGAUCCUGACGUGGUGCUUGUAGACACAGUGAGACCAAGAUGGGAAGAAAUGUUGGAGGAAAGACGUGCAUCAUCUGUGGGUACGACACGCAGGAGACGAGUGCAAUUGAAUAAUGGAGAACGACGACGAACGAGGCAACCAACAUUUUCAUUGCGUCAUGAUAAUGGCAGUAAUAAUACGAUUUAUGAUUCAUUUGCAGAUAUGGAUCUUGAAGAUGUACUCGUCAUGGAAGCCAUUCGACUCUCUCUUGUCAACAGCAAUAAUAACACCACCACAACCAAUACUACUACUAAUAACUGAAAGCAUACCUUCUCCUUUUCUUUUUACCAUAAUAUAUAAUCUACUAAUAAUAAUCAUCUCCCUUUAACACGCGCGCUAAGAAAUAUCGUGGCUUUCGGAUGUCGGAUGUAAGCCGAUUGUAUCACCUUGUUUUUUUUAAUCUGUCGUAAUUGUAUCAAUAUUUAUUAAAUUUUAUAUAGAGUGGGCAUAUAUCAUAUAUAGGGGGGAUAAGAAGUUGUAAAAAGAAAAGGGAAUAUAAAUAAAAAGGGCAUAAGUUAAAAAUAUAUAUGUAUAUACAAUCUAAAAAAAAAAAAAAAAAUGGUGAUUGGUUUAAAGGAUAUUACAAUGAAGAUUUCUUCUUUUUAAAAGUUUUUUAGGCUUUACAGCGACACGCGCAGCAAGUCGGAUCACAUCCUUGACAGCUAUAUUAGCUUUUGCGCUACAUUCACCAUACUUUGCUCCAAUCUCUUUUGCUAACUUGAUGCCCUAUAUAUACAGAAUAAGUUCACUUUGA